UUCCUCUCAGAGUCGAAGGACGAUUAUCAGGUCUUUGUCGCCGUUUCUGCUGCUGUGUCAUAUCCUGUCCCCACUAUUUAGAAGCAACGCUGGACUGGACUCUGGCUUCAAGAUGAUGAAACUGAAAGGAGACUUGACAGAGCAGAGGAAAGUGGCCAGAUGACAACUACUAUGUUCACGUAACAUCACUGGACGGUUCAAUUCAGUUCAGUUUAUUUAUAUAACGCCAAGUCACAGCGGAAGUCAUCUCAGGUCACUGAAACAUUCACAUACGUAAAAAGCGACAGCUUCAGCGACAGGUCCUUCCUCCUACUAUAACCCACUCAUCGCUCAUUCAGUCAUGUUGUGUAAAAGGAAGCUGUAUGUUUUCUUGGGGAUUGUUGCUGCUAUCUUCCUCCUCAUGCUUGCAAGCCAGAGCGUCCAUACGAAACAUUACCUGCCACUGGCACAGACCCAGUUGAACAGCUGGACCACUCCAACCAGCAGGGAGACAGAGGAUAAACUUGCAGUGCCUCUUGAUGACUUGACCCGUCUUCCUCCCAGCACCACUCGGUCCGAAGAUGAGGACAGAGGAACCGAGGAAAAGCAGAUUAAAGGCAAGAACCACCCAAGGUCAUGCAGUUGCACAGAGUCCUGCGUUUCAGACCUCGAGGGUUCUGACUGGUUCAGCAAACACUACGACCCUCAACAGCAACCCAUCCUCCGUGCUAACAACAACUUUGAGCAAGAUGCACUUAGUUGGUGGCUGGGUCUUCAGAAGUCUGGUAAAGAUCAGACUUUAGAGGGCGUGACGUCAAAAAUGUUCCAGGUCAUUUCCCCACCCACUGUGGACACACAUCCCCACCCAUCACUCUGUCGUAAAUGUGCAGUUGUUGGCAACUCUGGCAACCUGCGAAAUUCUGGCCACGGUGAACUGAUCAACUCUCACAGCUUCGUAAUCCGAAUAAACAAGGCGAUAACUCGAGGCUUUGAAAAAGAUGUGGGGAACCGUACAACGCACCACAUCAUGUACCCGGAGAGUGCCAUGGACCUUGAUCCUGGUGUCAGCCUCAUCCUGCUGCCGUUCAAACUGAGAGACCUGGAGUGGCUGACCAGCGCACUGUCAACAGGCCAAAUCAAAAUGACCUACAUGAGGGUUAAAGACAGAGUGAAGGCUGAUAAAGACAAAGUUCUGGUGGUGAAUCCGGUGUUCUUUAAGUACGUUCAUGACCACUGGACGGAGCACCACGGUCGCUACCCGUCCACCGGGAUGCUCACCAUCAUCUUCGCUCUGCACACUUGUGAUCAGGUGUCGGUGUUCGGUUACGGUGCUGACCAGCAGGGGAACUGGCACCACUACUGGGAGCAGAACCACAACGCCGGUGCCUUCAGGAAGACCGGCGUUCACAGCGCCGACUUCGAGACAGAGGUCAUCCACCAGCUCGCCAAGGAAGGAAAGAUCAGUCUCCACCUUUAACACAACCACUCGGGUCACCUGAGGAGACCGAGCCACCAAACGUCUGGCUGUUCGUUGAUUUGGAGACUUUUUCAUACUGGAAUCAGGCCACCCUUCUAUUUGCCACAUUUGCCUUAAGAUGAGCAGCAUUGUUUGAUCCAGGAUGCUGGUGCUGCUCAGACAUUUGUAGAGACGAGGAGCGGGUCAGACCAGCCCCCUGCCUGUGGAGAGCCGUCCUGCCGUCUGCGGCUGAUGGGACUGACCACAAUAAGUUUAGCUCUGAGCGGGAAACAACCACGGAGGUUUUAUAAACUUUAAUAUUUGAUUUUAUAGACUUUUGGUUGCUGUUUUCAUUCUUUCUGUUUUUAAUUGAAGCACUUUUUUUUUCUGCUGAAGGAAACUUGUGACGAGGUCAUACUUUUUGCUUGCAAACCACAGAAGCCUUAUUUAAUGUGUUUUCGCAUCAUUACAACUCAUCCGCUUAUUUUAAAUGAAUCUUAAAACCAGCCUGUGCCAGAAGAUCCCAAAAGACUGGAGCAGGGGUGGAAAGUAAGGCAAUACUUGUUCUUGUCAUGUUUUGGACCUGGAGCGUCAGAGCUGCAGGAGCCUGUGUCUGGUUCAGCCUGUGUGUGAGCGUUUGCUCCAUCGUGUCUUUUUUUUAUUUUUAUUUAGCACUCUACGCGUGCAGCCUUAACAACCACUUUACUGCAAUUUGUAAAACAAAACCAUCCGACCUGGAGCCACAUGUGAGGAGCGAUUUUUAAUUCAAACAAGAAGAGGACCAAAGUCAUCGAAACGGAAAAACAAAAGGGAAACCAUCACAGCUUCAAAGGUUUGUCAAAUAAAACUCAACAAGGUUGAGGGAAACAUGCUAAAGGUUGUUUUAAAGCAGUUUUAACCAAAACCGUAUGGAGAGACAUCAACCAGGAAGGUGCAUGUGCUGCACGUGCACUGUGAAUGUAUAAAACCAGUCCGAUACAGUUUGUCAGUCACAGCUCUCUGAAUGUUUGUGUCCAGUUUACAACACGAGCGCGUGUUCUCUUUUGUUGGCAGCUUUCAAAGCUGUUCCACUUCCUGUCGGCUGUUCAAAUGUUGGACGAGAUCGAAUGAAAUGUAAAGCCAGCUCGUUAUUUUGCUGAAAACUAAAGCUUUGUUGUAGUUUUAAUAGCUUAUUAAGUUUGUCGUGAAGUUACAAAGACCAUUGAAAACAAGUUGGAGGUCCUGACCGGAGGUCACACUUAGAAAACGGUCACUUAAAGUGCCCUUACUGAGUCCUGUUACACCAGUCACAGAUUUAAUCCCACACAUCACUGGUUUGUUAGCAGCAACAAGCAUCUGGUUUUGUUGCAACGUCCAAUAAAUCUUUUUUGUGGUCAACGCUUUCCGAGAAAACGGGAUUCACUUUUAGUGUUUCCUUACAGACAUUCUUUGUCGCUUCCUGCGUCGGGAUAAUUACCGUUAAACUUGCUUAGUAAGCUUCUUUCGGCUGCUCCCUUCAGGCGGUCACCACGGCGACUCG